UAUAACAGAUAUUAAAGCAGCGUUCCUCUCGUUUUGAUAAUAGACAUAUCAGUUACUCCGCACAGCUUUUAAUUUUUUUCACUAGUCAUGACUUAUGACUCUAGUGAUUUAAAACGUUGCUAUUUCACGAAACAGUUUAUUUGUGGAACUAGCCUUUUGAAAUGUUCCAACCGAACACAUGUAUGUAUGGGACCUUUUGUUGGCUUUGGUAUUCACAUAAAUGAUUCCGCGUGAAACACGCCUCGCGCUCGUCCUUGAGAGCUGUAGCUAGUGAGGUUUACGAAAAGUGCGUAAAUCGAGAGUGGUGGUCGGUUCAUUCGGAGCAGUUGAGCAGGAGGAGAUCUAUCACUGGGCGGUGGUAACAGUUAAGUGGUUAGUCCUAGAGUGAAGCAUAACGUGGCAAAAUGGCGAAACGGAGGAUCACACAGGAAACCUUUGAUGCUGCUGUCAGAGAAAACUUGGAAGAGUUUGAGAUGGAUCCUAAUGAGGCUCUGAGGGACGCUGUGGAGCAGUUUGAGUCUCAAGGUGUAGACCUCAGUUGUAUAGUAAAAGCUGUACCAGCUGUAUCAUCUGAUGAGAAACCAGAAGAGCAAACACAUGAGGUCUUACAGGCACUGGAUUCCCUACAAACUGGAAAAGAUAUUACAGAAGUGAUGACAGAGUUAAAACACUUCACUGAGCAAUGCUCAUUUGGAUUUGCCCAGAGGUACUUGGCUGCCCAAAAGGAUGCCUACCCCAUCAUCCUCUCCUAUGUCAAAAAGAGUUUGGAGGAGCAGGAAGCUGUGCUGGCCACCCUGGCUGCACUGGGUGCACUGACAGAUGGACAACCAGACUUGUUGGAUGCAGAGGGCCAGCAGAUCCUUUUGGAUGUCCUUAAGAAGUACCAGUCAGAUUCCUCUGUGAUGUGUGCAGCCAUCUGUGUUGUACGCCACUGCUGUUUGAAACAUGAACAAAACAGGCAAGAUUUGGUAAAAGGUGGAGUCCUGCCGCUGCUGACCACUGCCAUUACACAACACAUUGCAAGUGCGAAUCUGGUGAAGGGGGCCUCUGCAGCUCUCCGGGUCAUGACAUUUGAUGAUGAUGUCCGAGCUACCUUUGGACAUGCUCAUGACCAUGCCAAGAUGAUUGUUCUUGAGCACAAUGGACUAAAGAUUUUAAUUGAGGCUGCAAAAGCUCAUCUUGAUAAGACUUCUGUUGUGAGUGAGGUUUGUGCAACUUUGUCCCGUUUGGCUGUAAGGAAUGAGUUCUGCCAAGACAUCUGUGAUCUGGGAGGAUUAAAACUCAUGGUGACUUUGCUUGCAGACAGCUACGAGUCAGCGGAGCUGGUUCGUCAGGUCCUUGCUGCAAUACGGGCUGUAGCAGGAAAUGACGACGUGAAAGAUGCUGUUGUUAGUGCUGGUGGAGUCCAGCUCAUUGUCAUUGCCAUGAACAGACACAUGAGCAACUCUGCUGUGUGUGAACAGGGCUGUGCAUGCCUCUCUGUGCUUGCUUUACGUAAACCCAACAACUGCAAAGUCAUCAUGGAGAAUGAAGGUGCAUUGGCUGCUGUGCAGGCUAUGAAGACACAUGCUGAUGUGGUCAAUGUGCAGAAACAGGCAUGUAUGCUGCUGAGAAACCUGGUUGCACAUAUGCAAAAUUACAGUCAACCAAUCCUAGAGAUGGGAGCAGAGGCCCUGAUAGCCCAGGCACUAAAACUCCAUCAAGACUGUAGUGACAUUUGUAAAGCAGCCCUCAGGGAUCUGGGAUGCCAGGUGGAGCUUCGAGAGCUGUGGACUGGGAAACAUGGCAGCAUCAGCAACUGAAAGUAGAAAAGUACAUCACUAGAGACAGUACACUAUUAUCAUGAGUUUGCCUGAAAUGCAUUGAAAUGUUCUAUGAUGUUGGUAUACAUAGCCAAGAUUUGAAGCAAAUGGGCCAAUCUAGCUACGCACAUUUCUACUGAGUAGUUGUAGAAAAGGCUUGUGAACAGUGCAAAAGAUCAACACAAUGGCCUUUAAAGGUUAAAUUUAUUUUCCAGUUACUUCUGUUAUUGUAACAAAAAGUCAUUGUCCAGUUGAACUGUUCUAUUUUAUUUGCUGUUAAUACACAUUUAUGAUCAUAGAUAUUACAUGUAAAUUUGUGUGUUUUGUGCCAUGGGUAAAUGUUUUGGCUGCUAUGCAAAUUAUUUAACUGCACUGUUUUGUGAGGAUUUCCUCCCCCAUUUUAGCAGAGCCAGAUUUUAAAUUGUAUAAUGCCUUAUAUGUUUUAUGAGAGCGAAACAUUACCAUUUUUGUUUUUUUAGUU